AACGUUUGCUGCUAACGACAAACGGGUAACUCUCUAUUAAAUUGAAUGUUUACGUUUGAGGACCUCGAAGCCUUGACCCCAAUUUGCUUAAAAAUAUGAAAAACCACAAUAGUCCUGAUCCUGAAGAUUCUCCCAUACUGCAAGACGGUGUUGCUGAAACAGCAGAUGACCCACUGGCUAUCACAGCCAUCCAGUCAGCUGCCGCAUUCUCCACAGAUCAGCAAAUUAAGUAUCAUCUUGUAAAAACGGAAGGAACAGGGGGGCAGGUGACAUACCGGGUGAUCCACUUGGCUGACGGGCAGGUAGAAGGACAGGCAGAUGGGGCUGCAGCAGUCAGUGUGGUGACUGGGUUUCCCACAGUAACUCAGGCAGCCACACCACCUGUAACCCAGGCUGUGAUCUCGCAGUGUGAGAGUCUAGAGGGAGAGACGUCUGAGACUCAAUACUACUAUCCUGCCACCAUCUCUGACACAACUGCCAGCACCAUGGUCACCAAUCUCCACACAGCUGAUUCGGUACUGUCUCAACCAACCUCUGCAGGUCAACUCUAUGUAAUGAUGUCACCUCAGGAAGUUCUAGCCACAACACAGCAGAGUAAGUCGGGAACACCGCGUGCUUCCAGAGGUGACAAGCGGAGGGCUCAACACAAUGAAGUGGAACGCAGACGGAGGGACAAGAUCAACAACUGGAUUGUCCAGCUUUCCAAAACAAUUCCUGACUGCAAUGUGGAUGCAACCAAAAAUGGUCAAAGUAAAGGUGGGAUCUUGUCCAAGGCAUGUGACUAUAUCCAAGAGCUGCGUCAGAGCAAUGCAAGACUGGAGGAGGAACUUAAUACUGUGGAUAGACUGAGGAUGGACAAUCAGCUUCUCAAACAAGAGAUGGAAGAGUGGAAAUCAAAGAAUCAGAUGAUCAGAGCCCAGUUAAGACAGCACGGCAUAGUGGCAGCAUCAAUGGACUCUCAGUGAAGAACCGCAGAUCAACUAUACGCUUCUCCUGCUCUGGUCUUGUCAUUAAUUCUGUUUAUUCAUGUUUGAAAUGACAUGUAAGUAGUAAUUCUUACCGUGGACAAUCACACUUUUCUCUUUGUCUCCUUCACUGUUCACUUCACACGCAGCCUUUGAUUGUUUCAGAUUAUUUCCAGAGUGGUCUGGUAUUUUAACUGCACUGAAAUUAUGUAUAAUUGUCAGAUCUGUAUAUUUGUAGAUCUGUGUCUAAAGAAUGAUCAUACUUUGAAUGAUUACACUGAUGGUGUUUCAGAUGUUUUUUUUUUUUCAGCAUUGAAAUGUGUUUACAUUUUGGUGACCUUCAUUUUGUUCUUUAAGCAAAAUUUUAUUGUUUUAUGUCUAUUCAGUUAAAGUUGUUGUUGAAACUAUUUCUUACGCAAUGCCUUGACAAUCAACUUAGGCCAAAACACCAGCUUUAAAAGUUUGGUCAUUUAUAUUGCAGUUAUGAAAUGUACACAUCCCAGUAAAUUUACACAAUGUCUUUACAUAAUAUUGCUUGAUCAAAUUUUUAUUGAACUUCAUGUAAAGAUUCAUAACUCAAGUUUGAUGACGUUUUAAAGGUAAACACUGGUAGAUUUGUUGAUUUAUUUAACUCAAAUGUUUGGUAAACAAGCACAAGUGCACAGCUUUGGUGAAACUGGAUCAGGAUUUAAAUACUGUAUAUCAAAAACAAACAAUUACAAAUUAUUAAUAAUUACUAAUAAAGCAGUUGUACUAGUUUGAGCCUCAGAUUUUAUCUGUUGGUACAGCAGAUUCUCAUAUACUAUUAUUAACAAGAGAGUGAAAAGGUUGGCUGGAACAAACAAGCUUCUGGUGAAGACACAAAAAAUUGCAGGCUGGACAUUGUUCUCUUGGUGUAUGUGCUUAAUAAUGUAAUACAUCACAUACAAAGUAUCGUAUGUAUGCAUGUAAAUUCAUGCAUAAAUGAAAAAUUAUUUUCAAUAAUGCAAGUAA